AUGCGCCUGCGACGUGAAGACAGCCCAUCAGAAACCAGAGAGAACGAAGCUGAAAGCAGAGAACUGGAGAGAGUGCCCAAGACUGGUUUUCUGGGCCUACUCAUCAACCUGUAUGAAUUUGAAAAUGAGCACAUGUUCAGUGGAUUUCCAUGGAACCCAGAAUCAAAUGCAAACGUCUCAGAGGCCUGCAAACCCAACUUGAGUGGUUCUCAACCGAAAGAGACCUUGCCGUGGCUGGAGGGGACUCGUGACGAUGUCCGGGGACACUCGUGGUUGUCACAGCUGGAAGAGGGCAGGGUCCUGGCAUCGAGAGGGCGGAGGUCAAACAUCCUUCCAUACGUCCUGCGGCGCACAGGACUGCUCCAUAUCCAGGAACUGUCCAGCCCCAAAAGCAGCAGCGUUGAGGCCGAGAAACCCCACUCCCUGGACUGGCUGCCUGCUUCCCUCCCCAACUGUAUCUGA